UAUUCACGCUUAUUUAUGACAGUAAAUACGACUUUUUAUUACUCGCUGUAUGGAUCAUGGACUGUAAUCAGUUAAGGCAGAGGCAGCUGGUCAGUACACAGUUUUUGACAACUUUUGAGAAAAAUCUGGAAUAAUUUUGCAUUGACGCAAAAACGUGUGGAGAUUUAUUGAUUUUGUGCGAAUUUCCACAACAAUUCUCAAGAAACUGGAGGGACUCAUUUAUAUAAUUUGGCAGUAAACAGAUUAAAACUGCAAUGAUUUGAUAGAUGGCAUAAUAUUUUAGCACACUUAGUUUUUAGUUUCUUGUGUUUUUUUUGUUCACUCUAAGCUUUAUUUUAAUAACUUUAGAACAUGGUUCAUUAGCGAUGUUGAGUCCAUGUCUGUUGUGUUUUGUUUGUUUCUGCUCGUCCUGUUUUCCAGUGCUGGAUAUGAAGUCUAACAGAAAUCUAACUGGCAUGUGCAACGCAGAACGGCCCAGCCAAACUCUGCUUGAAAGCAUCCUAAUGCCACUGGAAGCCGCAAAAUUACAGCUAACUGAUCCGUUGGUGGGGAAAAAAAACAGCUUUAUGGUCUCAGUUCAAAAACCGACUGCAAAUGAUUUAAGCUGGCGGGAGAAGUGAGUUCUGCUCUGUCAGAGAGCUUAAACCUCAAAGUCAAUUAUGCCGGGCAUCUUCCAGCCGAUUAUCAACAUCAGCAGCAUUAGUCAGCUCAUCCGACCAUCACACUGAAAGAUAAACACUUCAAGAUGGAGAGAGAAACACAAUUCACUCAGACAUUUUCUCUGGCUCGCACCUAGAACUCCAUCAUUCUCCCACCGUAUCGACUGUAUGGUUCAGGUUCCCAUAUCUGGUUCCAACAGUCAAUAAAAACCAUCAACAGGUCUGAGGACUUUAGGCAUAAUUUACAAAAGAAAAAAAAAGUAAAAUGAGGUAAAGGAAAACAGGAAGUAGUCGACCCUGGAGCUGUGUAGCCGGCUUACCCUCAUCCUUAACCUAUGACUCACAGAUUAUGUCUGCUGUUCAGUCUGAAAAGAUUCAGCUAAGGAACAUUACAAAAAUAUGAUCUGUCCAACCUUAUUACGUACUAGAAGCAGUGUUUCCUUCUCCUUCUUCCAUAGAUUACUGCAAAUCCUUUUAUUUUGGAUUAAAGCUGCGGUAUGUAUCUUUCACAAAAAAUAAAAACCCUGUCACUAUGUUGUGACAGUAUGAGACAAAUAAAAUGUGAAAAAAAAUCAAGGUCCUCCACCUCCCCCCUGAGCUACCACUGCUGUCUGCAAAAAUAUACCGCUCCUAGUCCAAAACAACCAAUCAGAGCCAAGAGGAGGGUCCUAGUGCUAACAAUCAUGCUCAUAUACUCACUACUAGAUUUUUUUCCCCAAUUUUUUGUCUUUUAUAGUCUUUCACAUGUUUUCACUUCUCAACAGAUUUGUUUUUCUCUUAAAUCAGACGCAGAUUAAACAUGGAAACAUUUUUUGAAAGGCUUUGUCAUGGUCUUCUAGCAGCAGAACCUUACAUUUCAACACUUUUUGGAGGUACUGUACGUGUGGACCCGCAGAUCAGCUUGACGACCAAAGAACUCCCAACAAACACGAAUUUGAAGUUAUUAAAGGAAAUGUUACGGACCGGGUGGAUGAUGAACGUGUCUGGGGGCGCUCUGGGAGGCGACCUUACAGAUGAGGAGAAGGAGAUCAUCAACGGCGUUCUGGCCCGCGCCGCCAUGAUGGAGGCCAUGGAGCAGCAGCGCAUCGAGCGUCUGUCCAGUCGGCUGGACAGCAUCAAGAAGACGGCGUGUGGCGAUGGACAGUCUCGCUGCCUGCUGUGUGGGACGUCCUUCGGAGCGCAGGGGGUCACAGCUGUUCUCUGUUCGCAGUGCAAAAAGCACAUGUGCAGCAAAUGCGGGAUUUGGAUUAACAGCAGGACUUGUCCGCUGUGGCUCUGCCGGAUCUGCAACGAGCAGCAAGAGGUACAGAAACGUUCAGGGGCCUGGUUUUAUAAAGGAAGGGAUCAGCAGGGCCUGCCCUCCCUCCUGCCUCUCUCCAGACCUCAGUCCAACUCAGAGGACAACACCGGUCCAGGCCAGUCACAGGGUCACAGACAAAGUCAUCAGACUGAUGAGCCUCGGCAGAAGCAGUCCAGUGCGUCAGAACAAUGGGAGCAGACAGCAAGAACAACAACUGACAGCUGUGAUGAGACUCAUUCUACUCAGGCAGCUGGAACCAAGAUGGAGAGACAUGUGUUGGCGUCCAAAGCACCUCAGGCAAACACGCAGCAGACGGCACCCACCCCGGUUCCAGCAGCGGAUCUGGAGAGCAAGCGGCAACCGGUCGUCUCCUCAGGUCCCACUUACAUACCUGCAACCAGGAUCACUCCACCUGCGAAUCCACCUUCCAACAACCUGACGACCCAGAAACCCGCUCCAGAUCACGCAGAGAACGACGACAAUGACUAUGACUCGGACGAUGCCACCACACUGGGAUCUCUAGAGUUCAGUCUUCUUUAUGAACAGGAGAAUCAUGCUCUACACUGCUGCAUCAUUAAAGCUAAGGGUUUGAAACCAAUGGACUCUAAUGGACUGGCAGAUCCGUAUGUAAAGCUACAUCUGCUCCCCGGAGCCAGUAAGUCCAACAAGCUUCGCACCAAGACGCUUAAAAACACCCUGAACCCCGUGUGGAACGAGACGCUGAUCUACCACGGCAUCACCGACGCUGAGAUGCAACGCAAAACACUCAGGCUGUCGGUGAGUGACGAGGACAAGUUUGGACAUAAUGAAUUCAUUGGAGAGACACGGGUGGCACUCAAGAAACUGAAGUUUGACCAGAAGAAGAAUUUCAAUGUUUGCUUGGAGAGAGUGAUCCCGGUGAAGAAGGCUGUAGGAGGGUCAAUUCGUGGCAUGGCACUUUAUGAGAACGAUCUGAAGGAAGGCGAGGACUCGGAGGAGAGGGGCCGCAUCCUGAUAUCGCUGACGUACAACAGUCAGCAGAGCCGUCUGGUAGUGGGCGUGGUCCGCUGCGCUCACCUGGCCGCCAUGGACUCCAACGGCUACUCAGACCCUUUCGUCAAAAUAUGUCUGAAGCCAGACAUGGGAAAGAAAGCCAAGAACAAGACGCAGAUCAAAAAGAAGACCCUCAACCCGGAAUUCAACGAGGAGUUCAGUUACGAAAUUAAACACGCCGAGCUCGCCAAGAAAACUCUGGACGUAUCGGUCUGGGACUACGACAUGGGGAAAUCCAACGAUUUCAUCGGAGGAUGUCAGCUAGGCAUCCAGGCUAAAGGAGAGAGUUUGAAACACUGGUACGAAUGCCUCAAGAACAAAGACAAGAAGAUCGAGCGCUGGCAUGUCCUGCUUAAUGACAACACCGUCCAGUUUGAGGAUUAAUUCAUGCUGUAAUAAUUCGGUUGUCUGCUUCUUUAUUUGAUCACCUCUCUGCUAAAUGUUGUUUUGCAGUUUCUAAAGUUGGACCGAUUCCUCCGUGCGUUCGUAUGGAGUCUUCCCCAGACGUCCAAUGUGAAUUUUAAAUUUCUCGUGACAAACAUGGAUGUCGAGCUAAAGUAACCCCUCCCUCUCCCGACCCCGUCACCUAAACUAAUCCAGGAAGCUUAUCGUAUCACACCUUGUAAAACAUGAUAAAGGAGCCUCUAAACUGAGCCUUUAUCAUAAUUCCCGGGGAAGAUAAAGUCUUUGUUAUCGCUGCUAUCAGGUGAGAAUGUUGUAUUGAAGUGUGCGCAGAUGCUCAGACUCAACAGAGGGAAUUCCCGGUCGUCUGUCUGACCUUUUCCCACCCCAUCAUGUCAUUCCGGCGACCACGUCAUUGCUGGGUGAAGAGGUCGGCUUUCCUGAUGUAUCUAAUCACAUUUUAUUAGUUGAUGUGUAAUGUUAUUCUGGUGUGUGCGUCGUCCAAAACAAAGCAAGCAAAAUAUAUAUGUCUCUCUAUAUAUUUUGCUUGUGUUAUUGUGCCAACCGACCAUGCGUUUUUCAUAUGUUAAAUUAUGAAUUUGAGACUGAACCAACAAAGUUGUGGACAAGAGCCCAGUUAUGAACUUUCUGAGGUGUAUGCGGACACUUUGUAGCACCUGUAACUGCAGCACACAGUGGCAAGCUAACAGUGACCUGUCAUUUUGCUAGUAAUGUAAGCUAACCUGAAUAUUUACAAGCCUUUUCCUGAUAGACUGAAAUAACUUACCUACUGUCUGUCAACCACUUUGAAAAGCUUUUUUCAUCCCUACAACAUCUUUGUUCUUCUCCCUCUUCCGUUUUUCUUUCUUUUUUUUUGGUUUCCUGCCCUGGAGAGAUUUCCUCUACGCCUCUUCAUCUUCAGCUAGCUGCCUUCUUCUUGAUUUUUAUUGGCGGUCACACAGCGUAGCUAGCUGUCACCAGGCAAUAACACAAUUCAAAUGAAAAAAAAAUAAAUAAAUUUCGUGGCCCAGAACGUUCUCGACGUGGAAUAAUGUUCCGCCAUCGUUUUGGCGCCCUCUGUAGGGUAGUGCCACUGUGCGUCUCAUAUAGUGCAUAAUCAAUUUUUGGUUGUGGACGUGAAAUGUAUGACGGCGUAUUAGGGCCAUUGUAGACAGAGAAAAAGGGAGGAAUACAAUCCCGUCCAAAAAAAGAGAGAAAUUAUCGAAUUAAUCUCAGAAAUUUGAUAUGAAAUCUUGAAAAUUGAACUGAAUUUUUUUUUUAGCUUAAUCGCAGAAAUUUGCCUGAAUAAAACAAGAUAAUUUCUGAUUUUUACAAGUCAAAAGGUUGCCAGAAAUUUUGAAAUUAAUCUCAGAAAUGUCCUAGAAAAAACGCGCACAUUUCUGAGUUGCAAUUGCAAACAUGAAUUUUUUUGAGUUUUUUGGUGGAAAUUGACUUUUUUUUUCUAUCUACAACGGCUUUAAUAUACCGUUGUAGAAAUGCUUUCGGCUCCACGCAGCUAAGACCUGUGCAUGUGCUAGCAGUCUGCCUUGCUGGAGAAAUUCAAAGGGCAAAAUUAACGCUUCUGCAUUCUCUAUGGAAUGAUCAUAAAACUAAAUUAGACCAAGCAGUGGUUCAAUAAAACACAAUGAAAGAUUCCUGUUCUGAUCUAAGUCUGUAUUUUAGAGUCAGGUGAAAUGUUUCCAGCUGCUUAUUCUCCCUGUAUUGCUGCAGAUGCAUGUAUGAACCCAUGUUGUUGAAUACAUGUGGCUAAUUAAUAAAGACAUGAUGGCACUUGA